AUGGAUACCAUCAAGAACGCCGCUAACUACGUCUCCGAGUCGAUCUCUGGAGCCACCUCAACUGCCUCCAAGGAGGCCAACAAGAACGUUGCCAAGGACAGCGACGCAUCGCUCACCACCCGAGCCCAGGCCGCUGGUGAUGCUCUCGGCGACAAGAUCGAUGAGCAAACACACAACCGCAAGGCUGAUGUCCACAAGGAGGCCGCCAAGCACUAG